AAAAUCGCGUUCUGAGUGUCCGCACGCGAGCUCCCGUAGAGGAGAGCAUCCCGGAAGAGGCUUCCCCACCCGCCCGCCCGCCCGCUGCCGCAUGCGUGAGGGAGCCGCGUAGCCGCUCGCUCUCCUCCUCCUCCUCCUCAUCCACCUCCUCCUCUAUCACCGUCCUUCCUCGCCCAAUCCUCCUCGCAAAGCCCGGCGGCCCUCGGCGUUCGUCCCCGGCGCCUACGCAGGAAGAUGACCGAGCAGUGAGCGGGCGAGCGGCGACGAUGUCGACGACGACGACGCUGCUGCUGCUCCGUGCGGCCUCGGCCCAGCGUUGCUGCUGCGGAGGCGGCGGCGGCGGCGGCGGCGUCCUGGAGCCGGCGAUGCUCGCGUCGCGGAGGGCAGCGUCACUGGGCGGCGCGUGGGCGCAGCUUUUGCCCGGGACAAGGUCACCGUGCAGCGGCUGGGGCGAGGGUUCGCGUGGGGCCAAGUCCAUGCUCGUCCGGGGACCGCCUUUAGCCGGGACGAGGUCGCACUGCACCUGGGGUUGGUGGGCGCACCGAGGGAGCGCCGCGCAAUCGCCGCGCCUCUGCCAUGGCCGGCGUCUCCACGUCCGUCCCGGCCCGAGCGGGGCCGCCGUGAGCCCGCGGUGCGGUCAGGUCAGGGGGCUGUCGAGGGGGGACGGAGCCGGGGCGAAGAGGCGAGAGGAGGGCGGCCGCGCAUUGGCGGAACGAGCGGAGCGCGGCGCCGGGCCCGCGACCACAGCGCAGAGAGUGAAGGAUGCAGGCCGAGACUUGACGUACCUCGGAGUCAUUCUGCUAGGUGUCGGGCUCACUGGCGCCUUGCUCUACCCAGUGUUCAUUGAGCUGUUCUCCUCCUGGAGUCCCAACAGAGUUUACACAUCUGCCUUGGGACGCUGCCGAGACCACCCCGAGGUCAUGGCUGCCCUUGGACUGCCGAUCAGUGGCUACGGGGAGACGACACGCCGUGGCCGAAGGCAGCAUGUCAGCCAUUUGGAGUUCGAGCAGGAAGGAGUGAAGCACAUGCGUGUCAAGUUCUACAUUAGUGGUAGCGAGCCGAUGGCAAAAGGCACAGUCCACGCAGAGGUGGUGCAGACUCCAAAAGGCAAGUUUGAGUAUCGAUAUUUGUUUGUGGAGCUGGAGACUUAUCCAAGACGCAUUAUAAUCAUAGAAGACAACCGCUGAUAUUCACCACACGGAUGCACAGACACAUGGUGCACACCUGCUUUUCGAACUUUGGAAUGUUUAAUUUCACAGUACAAAACCACGUGUACACACACACAUGCACCAUCUUAUGUUCUGCAUGGGAAAAUGUAGUAUAUGCACAAAUAUAACUAUAAUUUUACAAAACAUGUUUGAGCCAAAAGGAAUUUGUAAAAUUUUUGCUCAAAUAACUUACACACUUGAUUUAUAAAAUGCAGAACUUGAAUGUGUGAAACAGAAAAUAAAGCAAACAACAUGUCUAACAAAACAAA